AGCCGUUUUGGCUCCAUCUUCGUUUCUGCGGAGGGCCAGUGACGCCACACCAGCUUCCAGGCAUACCGCUGCGCCUCGAGUGCCAUGGGCUGCUCCUCCGCCCGCGCGUGUGGGGGCGAGGAGCCCUCGGCCGAACAGGUGCCGGCACGGGGCCCGGAGUGCCCCAGAGAAGAUGGCGCGGGGCGCGAGCUGCCCAAGAAUUUCACCAUCCGGAUACACAAGGGAGACGGCGACGUGAUCGGCGCCACCCUCGGGAUCGUGUCGACGGGCGCCGUCCUGAUCAGCACCCAGGAGGGCGGUGUCUUCGACAGGUGGAACAGAGACAACCCAGACCGGGUAGUGCAGCCAGGGUUCAUCAUCGAGGAGGUGAACGGCGUGGGCGGCUAUUGGCGCCUGCUGGAGGUGUUUCGGCACUCGAACUCUGGAGCGUUCGAGGUCAGGAUCGCAACGUUGCCCCCGCAGUCGUUCGGCCCAACCUGGUUCGAGGACAUCGCGGAGAUUGCCAGGAACCUCGAGCGGUGCGAGACGAAGAGCUCCUUCAUGGUCCAGCUGCCCCAGCAGGACCCGGACUCCCCCGACGGGAACGUGUUCACUUCCCUGCCCAGCACGACUGCGGGCGCAGCUGGCGUCGACCAGUGCGCCAUCUGCCUCGAGGACGUCGCUCCGGAAGAGCACAUCACGCAGUUCCCUUGCAACACGCGUACCACACGCUGUGCGCCGCACGCUGGCUGGCGCAGGGCGCCGCGCGGCGCGGCCCGAAGAGGCACAGCUGCCCGCUCUGCUGCCGCAGGAUGAUCACAACGCGGGAGGGCAUCGUGGCUGUCGGUGCCGAGUGUCAUUCGCUGCUGCCGUGAUUCAGGGGGGGGAGAGGUGCUUUUAUCAGAGCGUGAAUUGCCUGCCCCGCUUUCGCUUGCAGGCGAAGCCAAGACCUACCACGCGCCUCCUCGUCGAGCGGCCUGACCAGUACAGGCCGUAGUUUGGCAUCGCUUGGUAUCUCUUGGAAGCGAGGGUGGUCAAAAGCGAGGUAGGUUUGUUUGCCCCCGAUUUUAGGCCUCCAAGAUGGAGUCAGAGCAGAUAGGGUCAGAGGAUCGCGCCACAUCGCCGGUGCAUCGGCGAUGUGGCUCCAUGUGGAGCCCGAUUUUCUUCACGCCCACGGCGGCGCCGAUGCAUCGCCGACGCAUCGGCGAUGCGGCGCCAUCCUCUGGCCCUAGCUAUCCGGACCUCAUCGCCCUCGUCGCCACCGCUGGAUUCGCCCCGAAGUUCUCGUCAGAGCGCACCCCGCGGAGAGGCCUCGGGGGAGCAGCGGUCGCAGUACCGUUAUUCUCCCCCCGGUGACCGCGCGGGCGUCCCUGGCCGGGCGGCACUGCAGCGGGCGUGCGGCCAAGAUGUUGCUCGGCGGCAGUCUGCAGCUGGGGCUCGGAGGGGGCUCGCGGCGCGGUGAGGCCCUCUCACGGCUGGCUGCUCCUCCGGCGCUGCUCGUGCACCCCUGGCGCCUUCUGCGGGCCAAGAGAGGGCGCGGCUCCUGAAUUCGCAUCGCUCCUUCUGCCAGUGGCGUUUGCCAGCAGGCCCGUGAGGGCUGAGAGAGCACUGGGUGCUGUUCAUGUCCUCUCUGGGAGCCCCGCUGUGGCCUUCGUAGGGCGCCCUGAAGCUCGUAGGGAGCGGAAUGCAUCGCCGAUUCCAAGUCGCUGUUCCACCCUUGGGUUCUGAGGCAGUCCUCCCCCCCGUUGGAGUAAGUUUUUCGCUGGCGCGAGACCCCAUAGCAAGCAGCGGUUUUCAAGGAAUCGCAUUUGCUGACGACCUACAUACAUCUGAUCCUUUCGACAGUUCUGUGGGUGACAACACCAUUUUCUCGCAUCUGUGCACUCGUCGGCAAGAGCUGCACAUGUGGGGCCCCUUCAGCUCCCGCUCCCCUCACAGCCGUCGGACGGGCAAACCGGGCCCCCCUGCCCACCCUCGAGGCACCUCUCUCUGGCCGUGCGCCCGCACUUGGCGGGGGAAGCGAGGUCUGCACGAACGAAAUGGGCACGGAAAGGAUGGGAACAAUGCUCAACAGCAGUUCUUUUUCAUUUUGAACACGACUCGCUGUCCGCGCCGCCGCGUCCUGUGUCCAUUUGAGACACAAGGCCGCCGGCCCAACAGCGACCGCUGUUGGUUUGGGACAACAUUUGUUGUUGGGCAUUGAGGACAAUGUCGAGCAUUCUCGCUGAGAUGGAGUCUCGGUGGCGGAUGGCAGGGCGCCGCGGGAGUGGGUUGGCGGGUCACAAGAGCUGACUCGAUGACCAGCUCACGGAACCCCCGCGUGGCCAUUUCAACCAUUUCUCAUGUCGCACGAGCGAUAUUGCCUGGUGGAGAUGGGAAUUCAUGUUUGACGCAGUAUUAUUGCCGCUGGGAGUCGUGGAGGUCUGAUUAGUGUGGAUGUCGGCUUGGGAUGCCAAUGCCCCAGCCUAACCCUACUUGAACAUAGAGUUGCAGUCAUCACGAAGAUGCGUUGCGGGAGCAAGGCAGUCCGCAGCAUGCACAUCGUAAGCUGGGUUUGCUUAUUAGCACAUGUGCCCAUACAGGAGUUUUGGGCGCAGCCCGGCUGGAGUGGUCCACGAGGGUCCACGCAGGGCAGGAGUUUUCGAUGGCCGCUCCACAGAGGUCCUCGCCUUCGGCGCCUCUCGCCCUUGGCGGAAGGCCUGGGGAAGGGGGCGGGAUUGAGAUUGAGGCGGGUCCGUUGGCGGAAGU